AUGCUGCAUUAGAUGAAUUAGUUAAACGAAAAUUAGAAAAAAUGUUGGAUUUUCUAAAAGAAAUUCAACUUGAAAAGUUCAAUAAUAAUUAAAAAAAAAAGUAUAAAAAAAAAAUUCUAAAAAACUACUUAUUCACUUUUAAGAAUGCUUUUUCUAACUACUUCCAUUGAUUAUAUUAAUUAAAGAUUUUCGUUGCCUGAAUAAUUCACAAAAAUUAUCGCAUAUAAAGAAAUUUAAGAUUAUAAUAUUUUAUAGAUGAUUUAUUAUGUAGAAAUUAAGGAAGUUAUUAAUGUAAAAGAUUAAUCAUUUAUAAAAGACUAUAUUUCGAAUUAAACUUAAAGAUUUACUAGUUUUGAAAUUGAAAAACUAUAAUUAUUAUGUAAAAUAAACGAAGCAUUAUUUGUAAAAAUAAAAUAAUUAAAUUGA